AAUCACUCUCCCUCCUUCCCAGCAAAACCUAUUUUUAGGUUAUGUCGAGUUUGCGCCGACCGUUUCGUGUGUGGAUGUAAAAUGUACAUAUUGAAUAAAUAAUCUCAAAACGACGAAGAGAAUUGACUUGAGAAUACUAUCAAACGUUUGCCAAACGUGUUUCGAAAAACGGCAGCACAAUGUCAUUGCGUUUACGUCCUGUUUUAAGAAUAUUACAGGGGACACACAAUAAGCACUUCAGUACUGCAACCAAAGUGAAGGAUGAGCAAGCAAGUCAAUUAUGCUCUUUCCGUACAAUCGAAAACAAUCCAACUCAUCACAAUAUGAACUACAUUGGUAAACUAUACAAAGUGCCAUUGGAUAUUCAGCAGCAAUUGUUCCAAAUUGGUGGUUUCCCUAAACAAUUUGUGAUACAAGCUAACACUUUUCAAGAGUACGCAAUAAUGGUUAGACAGCCAGCGGUUGAAAUUAUAUCAUAUCUCACUCAGGCAGAUUAUACACGUCCGGUCAAUAAAUACGUGAUAUACGGGAAACAUGGAACGGGAAAAAGCAUCACACUGGCCCACAUAUUACACUACGCUUUUGUGCAAAAAUAUAUAAUCGUUCACUUAAUGUGGGGUUAUCAUUGGUUCCACAAUAUGAAGGAGGUUGCGAACUCGGUGUUGUCACCAGGUUGCAUGGAUCUGCCGAUUGAUGCUGGAUUUUGGUUAAAACAGUUCAAAGUUCAGAAUCUGAACCUGCUGACGCAAUUGGACCUCAGAACGUCGAAAGAUUAUACAUGGAAUCAGCAUGAAAUGACGUCGCAAGGAACGCCCAUCCUGGGGAUGAUCGAGUUCGGCAUGAGUCGCGUAAAGUACGCCUGUGGUGUGGUGGACGCGUUAUUGAAGGAGUUGAAGCUCGCCAGUACUGCGGGAAAGUGCAAAACGUUGGUCGCGAUUGACGGUUUCAACGCGUUCACAUCGGAAGAAACUGACAUUCGCGAUGACAAUAAAGUGUCGGUGCCGCCGAAAAAGGUUACCCUGGCGAUACCAUUCUUAGAUAUCACGAAGGGUGGUGACUGGUGCAACGGUGCGGUCGUACUAACGGUAGACAAGAUAGCAACUUUUACGAAUGGUGAAUCGCAUCUUCCGAGAUAUCUGCUUGGCAAAGAGGGCUUCGAGCAUUUAGAUCCCUUCUUACCCGUCCAAGUCGAUGAAUACAAUUCCGCGGAAUUUGACUCCAUGAUAGAAUAUUACAAGGAACGCAAAUGGAUCAGGAGCAUAACGCCCGAGGGUCAAAAGGAAUUGGAACUAAUCACUAAUAAAAACCCCUUGACUUUAAUGAAACAAUGUAGUUUCUUGUAGAAAGAGAAAAAGAAAACUUGUAUCAUAAAGGUAUUUGCAAUAAAGCUUUCAGUUUUCUUCGAAUAUGCGCGUGAAAUCGUGUGUAAAAAACCACGUUGCGCAUCUCUGAUCAAACUCGAUUAAACACGAUGGGAUUUCGAGAAACUAGGGAAAUAUACUUCCAUGUACAUGUCAUUUCUUUAUUGACUUAAAAUUUCACAAAUGUAAAAUAUAACGUGCACAUUGAUAUGCAAAUCAACGUAAUAAAAUAAUUCACCGAUAAUCCCUGAUCUGAAAAUAAAAAUAUCGACGCAUA